AUGCGUUCCCGACUUGCUUUGGCUGUUCGAUCAUCAUCUCUCUGUUCACAAACUUCAUUGCUCUCAUCAAGAACAUCAUCAAAGAUUUUAAUUUCCAAUAACACAUCCAUCCAUGGUGUGAGAGCUUUUGGAUACGGAAACAAAAUAUUAAGAAACCAAGUGGAUGAUCCUUUCUUUGAAGAGGCUUUGCAAAGUCAUGAAUCCAUUGCAAACAUUUCCGAGCCACCUUCGGCUUCAGCUGACUUGAGAAGCAUUACACCAAAUGGAUCCGUCUACAGUAGAAUUGGAACCAGACCAUUCUCCCAAGAAGUUGCUUCCGUUCUCUUGGCUCCUAUUCCCGACGAAGAUAUUGAGGUCAAGCCUGAUGGUAUUUUGUAUUUGCCUGAAAUUAAGUACAGAAGAAUUCUCAACAAAGCAUUCGGACCUGGUGGUUGGUGCCUCAUUCCAAAAUCAGACUAUAAAAUUGAGAAUGGUCAUGUUAUUCAAGAGUUUGUGUUAAUUUGCCAUGGACAAUUUGUAAGCCAAUCAUUCGGAGAACAAACGAUUGAUAAUUCAGGUUUUAAGAGUAUCGGAAGUUCUCUUGAAGGAGCAAAAUCAAAUGCAUUGAUGCGAUGUUGUAAAGAUAUUGGAAUUGCUAGUGAGCUUUGGGAUCCAAAUUUCAUUUUAGAAUGGAAAGCCAAAAACGUGGUUGGAGUGUUUUGUGAGCACGUGAAAACACAACAAACUAAAAAGCUCUACAGAAGAAAGGACCGAGAAAUUGGUUAUCCGUAUGUCGAGAAAAAGUCUGCAUAUAGCAGUAACAGUAAUAAUAACGCACCGUCUGUUGCUUCUGUGGCCAUUGUGGAAGAUCAAGUCAGUACUGCAGAAUUAGAUGUAGCUCCACCUUCAGCCAUCGAUGGAGAAGAGUCCAUGUUUGACAACUUUGCUUCUCAAGAUGACGGUGCAGCUCAAUACGCAAAACCAACUCGCACCACUGCAUCUCCAGCAGCAGCUUCAAAGAGAGGAUUUUCAUUUAGUCCAACAGAACCUAUUCCAUUUGGCAAGUUUAAAGGAAAGAUUUCCGAUGAAGUGUUCCAUCUUCCAGAUUUCCAAAGCUAUCUCAGUUUCUUGGAGAAGAAUAAUAUUCAACCAGGCUAUGUGAAGGCCAUGAAACAACAUUACAAGAAGUAA